AUGUCGUUCUUCGGAUACAAUUACAAAUACGUCUAUUGGAAUAUCAACCUUCAAAACGCUCCAGAACUCAUCGUUUUCACUUUUUAUAGGACUUCAAAUGGGCCUGAUGUACAGGAAAACGUCUACGUGAGUGACAAAGCAGCUAUUUUCAUUGGUACAAACAAUCAACAAUAUCUGAUUUCUUACACCACAUCGAACCGCCCAUAUCUCUACUUCGAAAAAGCAAGUGGUGCAACAACAACUAAUAUUUAUAUGCAAAAAAUCACUGAGGCGGGGUGUAGAUAUGCAUUCAAUACUAAUAACAUCGACAAAAUUCAAGCGGGUGAUGGCAACUAUUUGCGCGAUAUUUGUCAAUUUGGAAACAAUAAACAUCGAUACGUCGUUUGUCGGAACGGUGACAAUGAUCCACAAUCAGAUUGCAGUUGUUACAUUCCAAGUAGUAUUGCGACUGCUUCGAUUAAAGAUACUCUUUUUAAUUAUCCAGACUGUAUGUAUAACAGCACUGAUUUUACGUUGACUAUUUUGGCAAAUCACACGACAGUCAAGUUUGACAAAGAGCGUGGAAAUGAAUGGAAAACACUUAAUAUUCAAAGUCGUAGUAAUCCAAUUGGAUUUAUGUUGGGAAAUAACUUGAUGUUGAACGAAGGUGUGACUCUCCCGACACAACAAGUCAAUGUAUCUCAACUUUACACUGGUACGUCAUACACUUUUACUGUCAAAGGGACAGUCACAUUCCAGAGAUUCAGUGGUCUUCAUUCUUUUGGAUAUUUUAACUUUAACUCGGUGAAUGUAAAUGCAAUGGAUGAAGGUUCAUUGUUAUUUAUUGGGAAAAACCAAGGUUCUCUACCUUCUGGUAUAACAUCUGUCUGUGAGAACGGAUUGUAUACACGAUAUGCGAAGGGGUCAAGCUCAACUUUUGGAUGCAAUUGCGCAUGGACUAACAACGCUUAUGACUAUCCUGAUUGCCCUAUUUCAGCAGCAUCUUCUGGCAAUUUAAUGUCACUUUCUGUUAACUCACAAACAUACAACGGAGGUAGUGUGUCUUGGAAUAUUUUCACAUUAACAAUGACAACAACUUUAUUGUAUGGUAAAAUCACAGCAACAAAUUGUUAUUUCAAAGGAAGUGUAUCGAUUGCGGGUGAUAUUACGUGUACUUACCUUUACUUGACAACUGAAACUAACAUCACACUCAUGGAAGGGGCAUAUCUCACUAUUAAUAACGUUAAUGCACAAAACCAAGUCACCACAAUUGACGCGAGAAAAGGGACAUUAUCUCUAAAUUCUAUUGUUCAAAAUAUCGACACUACCAUAUAUGUUUCAACCACAUUAAGUGUCAAUUCAAUUCAACUGACAUCAUCCGGUGUAUUCAAAGUUUCUUAUAAUCUUGUUGUUGAAAUUUUGACACAUGAGAGUGGAUGUACUAUUUCAACAGAUGGCAUUUUGACUAUUAAUAAAUUCGCCAAUCAAAAUCCAUUAAAUGUUGUCGCGUCGCAAUUCACUGUUUCAUCAACAGUAUCCAAACUGGUUAUCGGAAGUAUUAAAACCAAAACGCCUAUUUCCAUACCAGAAACAAUUGAAUAUAUUUCAAUCGAUACCAUCUUGGGGGAGUUGGAAACUACCAGUCAACCAUUUUUAAACAUUACACGAUCAACAAAGAGUUUGAGUGUCGCAAAAAUACCUACACCACCUUCUUCCUUCGAAACAGACGCAACAAAAAUGAUGCAAUUUGUGUCGAUGAAAAAUCGAAAAAUCAAUUUUGAAGACAACACUACUUUAACUUCUCAUUUGGUAUGUGAUAGGCAAAUGGUUGUUCUUGGGAACACUAACAUUGGGUGCAACGAUUUGAAUUUGGCGAGUAAAUAUUGUUCACCACAAAAUAAUGAUGGCACUAUCGUGUAUAAAGACUCUCUUGGAAAUAUUGACUAUUCAUGCCCAUGUUACACAAAGACGGGCGUGGACACUACUCUUGCAAUAGUUGAUGUUUCUCAAUAUACAAUCAGUGAUGAAGAACAGUAUAAUAUAAUUGAUAUCAACAACACAGUUGUAACACUCACAAACAACAACCCAAAUGAUCCAGAUUUUAAUAUUCAUUUUGUGAAGAAUUCUUCACGACUUAGUUUGUAUGGGGAAAAAAACGCUGCUUUUUUUAAUAUGAAUACAAACUACUAUGCGACAAUUGUCAUCAAUGGACCAAUUCUACUUGGUGCCACGGCUGGCUUUGGCUUUGUUUGGGAAAAUGAAAUUUCCAUUUCGCCUACCGGUCUGUGUAAAGUUGUUUUGAAAGAAGCGUCCAACGAAAGAACAACUUGUAUUAGUUGUAAUGGCCAUGUGGAUGUGACCGGGAAUUGUGUAGUUGACAAUGGCACGCAUACUAUUCCCAAUUGUGUAUCUCAGAACCAAAUAACACUAGAAGAAAUAACACAAAAUGUUUGCGAAGCGUGCGAUGAUGGGUUUUUCAUUGAUAAUUUUGGAUGUUCCCGAUGUGGUGAGAACUGUACUAAUUGUAAGAGUAAUACAUCAUGUGUGGUAUGCAAAGAUGGGUAUUUUGUUGAUACAAAUGGAAUGUGCCAACUUCAAGACAAUUGUGCGUUGUACAACCUUGACAAAUGUUUGAAAUGUGAAGACAAGACUAAACUCCAAAAUGACAAACAAAAUUGUUCAACACAAAAUGAUAAUUGUAUUUCAUAUUCAAGUGAGAAUUGUGUUAUAUGUGAUACAGAAAACGGCUAUUAUUUGGGAACCAGGGGAUGUCAAAAACAAGACGACAAAAGUUAUUCGUCUGUCAAUUCAACAGCAGUUAUUUCGUGUUCAGUUGGAUACUAUUUAUCAGAUCAAAACUGCGUGAAUUGUUCCAAAAUGAAUUGUCUUUUGUGCGACAUGCUUGGAGGUACAUUAUUGUGUUUUUCGUGUGCAGAGAAUUAUUAUUUGAACUCCGCAGGUCUGUGUGUUUCAAUGAGUUUAAAAUCUUCUUUAAAAACGAUGGAUGUUCCAGCGUGUUCAACAGUAACGAAUUCAUAUUGUACUUCAUGUGUAAGUGGGUCGUAUUUUAAUGGCGAUCGAUGCGAGAAAUGCCCCGACAAUUGCACUUCAUGUUAUCAAGAUGAGUGUUACACAUGUGAAGCCAAUUAUUAUUUACAUGCAACCAAAACACAAAGCGGUACAGAGAACUUUGGUUGUAUCAAUGAAGAGAUUUCGAAUUGCUUGGAAUAUUUAAGUGGACUUUGCAUUAAUUGUAAAGAUUCGUUUGUUCUCAUUGAUCACCAAUGUGUUCAAUGUAACGAAUCGUGUACAAAGUGUCUUGAAACAAAGGAUGAAUGUUAUGAGUGCAACAGUGGAUUUAUGUUGAACGACUACAAAUGUUUACCAUUAAUUGACACACAUUGCGACAAACAAAUACCAACCAAAAGCGAGUGUGCAAUUUGUAGUAAAUCGUACUUCAGAAAUGGUACUUCGUGUAGUAAAUGUAUUGACAACUGUGGGACGUGUUAUACUGAAAAUACAUGUACACUGUGUAACGACAAUUUUUACAUUAAUAGUAGUGGGGUGUGUGCGAGCAGCUCUGUCUUGAAAAAUUGCACAACAAAAGACGCAUACGGUUGCAUUGGGUGUGAAGACGGCUUUUUCUUGUUGGACCAUUUAUGCGUCCCAUGUAAUACUUCGACUGAGAAUUGUUUGUUAUGUGAUUACAUUGACGCCAAAUGCAAUAUGUGCCAAGACACUUACGUGUUGAACGACAACCAAAUGUGUAUCAUCUUCUCUUCUUUGUCACAAUGUGUCGAGGCAACAAAUUCAAAAUGUACAAAAUGUGCUUUUUGGUAUACAGUGAAUGCUAAUGGAAUGAAAUGCGAUGCAUCUCCGGUAUGGUGGGUUAUACUCUUGGCCGUGUUAGCUGGUCUCUUUGUCGUUCUUCUUGUUGUAUUAUUGAUCAUCUUCUUGGUUUGGCGAGUGGUCAAGAGAAUCCACAAUCAUCGACUCAUCCAAGAGCAGAGAGAGCAGGUGAGUCACUUCUCGAUGACAAAGUCGAAUAUUCAGUGGGUUGCUUUGACUUCAAAUUGCGAUAUAUUAGUCAACAAAAGAGUGAUCGACUUCAAGCCAGACAUGACAGAAGACGUUCAAAAUAUCGAACUUCCAGUUGGAGUCGAGUCUCGUGAUGUGAUUUGUAUAGGAAAUGGGUACGCCGGCACCAUUCAACUCUCUUUCUUGACAGUUGAUGAGGUUGACUCUAAGUAUACACUGCGAUGUAAUCCACAAGAGAUGACACUGAAAAAGGGUGAAGCGUUUGAGGUUGAAGUGUUUUUAACCCCGUUAUGUUCUUGUUUCAUCAAAGAAAAAGUACAGUUACGAAUAUUCAAUAUCAAGACAAACAAGAAGGUCAUUGAGAACAUAACAAUCGAGACGUCCACACAAGUCUCAACCAAAUUGGACUACGACGAAAUCAUGGAAGAGAAGCAAGUUGGCGAAGGAAGUUUUGGUGUUGUCUUCAGAGGAUCUUUCCGAGGUAAUAAAGUAGCAAUUAAGAAACUCAAAAUGUGUGAUGCUGAAGAGGCUAUGGAGGAGUUUGGGAAGGAAGUUUCGAUGUUAGACAAAUUUCGGUGCAACUACAUAGUGCACUUCUAUGGAGCUGUCUUCAUCCCAACAAAAAUCUGUUUAGUCACUGAAUUUGCGGAUUAUGGCAGUCUUCAAAACCUUAUCAAAGAGAAACCAAAGCCGAAAGACAACAUUCGCAUUAAAAUGGUAUUGGACGGAGCGAGGGGUGUGGAAUACUUACAUGCAAAUGGUAUCAUCCAUAGAGACAUCAAGUCAGAUAAUAUCUUAGUCUUCUCAUUGGACGGUGGGGUCGACGUUAAUGCGAAAUUAACGGACUUUGGUUCAUCUCGUAAUGUUAACAGUUUAAAGAACAACAUGACAUUCACCAAAGGAGUUGGUACGCCGAUAUAUAUGGCACCAGAAGUACUCAAUCAAGAGAAGUACACAACGUCCGCGGACAUCUUCUCGUUCUCAAUUUUGAUGUAUGAGUGCUUUGUGUGGGACAAAGCGUAUCCAACAAGUCAGUUCAAAUUCCCUUGGAACAUUGCUGAAUUUAUUAUUCAAGGCAACCGACUCACACAACCUGAUAAGAUGCCUGACUGGUAUUAUGUUGUGAUACAAGGAUGUUGGAAACAAGCUGCUGCAGAACGGUAUGACAUCAAACAAGUUGUUGAUCUUGUAUCUACAGGUAUUCAAGAGUAA